AUGUCCUACAAGAGCGAGGACGAGACGCACGCCGCCUUCGAGCUCGUCUCGAUGCGGAAUGGCCGAUCAAGCACAUCGUAUGAGAACUCGCCUACUCCCGCUGCUGUGAUGAACUACCCCGCUAAGGCCAUCGCAUCCACCUCCGCAACUCCUGCUUCGCCGUCAAAGAAUGCGACUGCCUCGAGCGCAUCACACAAGAAGAGCAAGAAGAGCACAGCCGAAAGCAAGGCUUCUUCGACCUCCAAACACAAGGCAGACGAUGCCGCAAGUCCCUCAGAGCCAAAGGCCAAGAAGCGCAGAAGGGUCGUUGUGGCGUGCGACACCUGCCGUCGCAAAAAGAUCAAGUGCGAGGGACUUCCCAAUCCGACCAACACAUGCAACAAUUGCACCGCCUACAACUACCGAUGCACCUUCAGCAGCGAUGCCGAUAGAUCCAGGGGCAAAUACGAGAUCUUGGAAAGCAGGGUCGAGACGCUCCUCAGCGCACUUCGGUCUGUGGCACCACAUGUAGCUCAACAGUUCGAACGCGGAGAGCUCAAUGUUACCGGCCCUAGCGGGUCAAGCGCACCACCCCAGAAUGCCAACUCGUGGCAAUCGCUCGAAUCACAUCACAAGCCUCAGCAAGGCAGUGGCAGCGGCGACGAUGAAGACGACGACGACGAUGCGCAUGGGCAAGGUGGCAGCCAUCGGGCGGCGCAAGGUUCGAAACGAGAUUCGCUUCAUUCGCAUCACGACGCCGAUCUCCCAUCGCGCUCCACGGUCCGAUUUGCCGGCGACGGCAGUGAUGCCGACGAUCCCGACGCUGCAGCUAAUGGCGCCGUUGCGCUCCACAGUUCGAAUGACGCAACCAAGAGAGAGGAUAGGGAUGCCCUCUUACCGGAUGUCGAAGACGGGAGACCGCGCUACUUUGGUCGUUCGUCCGCCAUGACGCUGUUUCAUAGCAUUGCAGACGAGAGCCGUCCUCCCAGUCCGAGCGCGGGUUCCCAUCGAGCUUUGGACAGCCACACCAACCACGCCGGCAUCAGCUACGAGACGCAUCGACACCAGAGCAGCCGACAAGAGAAAUCCAACGCGGCCAUGCCCAGCGUUUCCCAUCCCACCUCUAGCUCAUCAGGGACCAAUCACGUCGCCAGGUCUGCCUCUACAUCGGCUUCGACGUCGCGUCCGCUCUAUCCGACCAACUCGAAAGAAUGGAUCCUGCUGCUUCGCCGGAAAAACACCGUCGCCGUCGGCCGGGACGAUGCUGUCACUGAUGAAUGGUUCGAACGCUACACUCUCCCAGAAGGUGACCUCAUCAAGGAUCUGCUCGACCUGUUCUUCCGCCAGCUGCAUCCCCUCAUGCCCAUCGUCCACCGUCCCUCGCUCGAGCGCGACCUGGCAUCAGGUCGUGCCGACAAGGACUCUGCUUUUCGCGGCUUUGUCUUCACCAUUCUCGCCAUCGCAUCACGCUUUUCCAACGACCCGCGCGUGCUCGCCGACUCGGGCGACCCAGACACCGCGGGCGACCAUUUUGCCGCCGCCAGUCGUCUCUACCACCAAGUGUAUGCGGCGAGUCUGAUCAACGUUCAAGUCAUGAUCCUGACGGCUACAUUCAUGCACGGUGCCAUCGGACCGGGAGCGAGCUGGACAGUGCUCGGUGUCGCCAUUCGAGCGCUCCAAGAUAUCGGUCUGCACCAGGAAAAGGCCUACCGUGGCUUUUCGCCUUUUGAUCAAGAGCUACGCAGGCGAGUGUUUUGGGGCGCCUUCAUCCUGGACUGCAUCUUUUCCAUCAACAUGGGCCGUCCGCUGGCCCUCAAAUUGUCGGACUGUGAUGUCAAAUUGCCGCUCGAGAUCGAUGACGACGUCCUGUUUCAUUACGAGGCGGGCGGGCCGAUUCCACCUCCGCCGGCACGUACCGCUGCCGACAAACCCAUCGUGAUGAGCGGAUUCAUCCACAUGAUCAAACUCAACGUCAUCGUCCAGGAUGUGGUGCACGUGCUGUACUCGCCACGAUGGCGUCAAGAUGGCGCAGGACGCGGCAAGCUGCCAGCAAAUUCCAAGCAGAGGGCCAUGCCCGAGUACAAGGACAUGGUGAUCCUGUCGAAACGACUCGAGGAGUGGGUGGCCGAAACGCCAGUGCAUUUGCGCUCGAUCGAUAGUCCCUUUCGUCUGCAAGCUGGCUUGGUCCAAUGUGGCACGCACGACAUCCGGCUCUAUAUCCUCAAGCCCUUCUUGGAGCACAGUGCACUGCGCAAGAUGCUGCAUCCGCAAUGCGUCUUUCACGCACGAGAAUGCUUGCGCGUUGUGAUUGCGCUGUACGAGGGCAAUCACAUGAGCGACCUCGUGUUCAUCUUCCAGCAGGCUUUCAUGAGCACGGCCACGUUCAUGAUCACGGUGUGGCACGAGUGCCGCGAGGUAGACAAGCUGGCCGAGGACAACGAUUUGGUGGAGUCGGCGCUGCGCAUCUUUGCCGCGUUUGACGAUCGCUACUUUUCGCGGCUGUUCCGCCGCGCGCAUCGUAUCUUGCGCGACAUUGCGCUGCGAUCGAUGCACACUAUGACGUCGGAUCAGCGCGAGAGGGUGAGUCGUAUGCUCGUGCGGGCGGACCAACGCAUGUCUGGCAUUGUGCCUCCGAGCCUGCUCGGUAUGGGACCGAUCCCUAGCAUGAUGCAGCCGCGAGCAGAUGUAGAUCUGCCUCCUUCGGCCAGGCUAGCGGCGAGAAACGAGAGGAUGGAAAGGCGCCCAAGCGGUCCGCUUGGAGAGGCGGCCAGCUUGACCGGCAGCGGGACGUUCGGGAACGAUCCGGUUUCGGCAGCAUCUUACAUCCACAGCUGGUCGCCAAUCCCGAGCGCACCCAUGUCGCCGAGCCGCACCUCGAUCAGCGAAGGCAGUCACGUCAGCGAGAACCAGAUCACUUCGGCAGCUUUCACACAGUUCAUGAUGAGCGGCGCAGCUGGCAACAUGGCGGGAAGCGUGCCCAGCGGCGGCAACAAUGGUCAAGCGGGUGUGCCGAGCCACGGCGGCGCUGGUCACGCGGUGUCGGCGAUCCAUCCUGCGUCAUUUGGUGACGCUCGUGGCAUCAUGCCGCUGUACACGGACGAUCCGGGCUCAGCGCAGCAUCAGCUGGAAGACCUGUCGUGGACCGACUACUUUUCCAAGUUUCUGGACGACAUCGGAGGUGGAGGCGCUUCGAUGGCGUCGGGCGCAACGAGCAGCACGGGAAGCGCCAUAGCUCCGCCUCAUGGUGGCCAAGGGGGUCACCACGCACCGAUGCCCGGUCUGAUGGGGAUGGGUACGCCUCAGACGGGCGGACCAGGCGUGUAUAACGAGAUGCACUUUGCCAUGGCCUCACCUGCUUCGCCAGCCAACUUUGGACAGCAUCCGGCGCAGUCACCGCACCGUGCACCUUCGCACCAUUAG